GUCAGCCUGUUUCCCAUGGCAACAGCUACAUCCAGAGGCCCUGGCUGGGAAUACAGUUAUUUUAUAGGAUUAGCCUGUAAGUACAACAACCUCCACUAGCUUGUGGACUAGUACAGUGGAAGGAGGGCUGUCAUGUCCUCCAGCACCGACGGGGUGUUGCCUCCGAGUGGCCAUAUUUAAGAGCAGCGUGCGUUUGUGUAAUGAGGAGGGACGCCGAUACACUUGUGACGAUGGCUGCCAGCGAGGUGGAUGUUUUCGCUAAUGAAGACAAACGAACACUGGAGCUCGGGGGCCAUGUGGGCUUUGAUAGCCUCCCAGAUCAAUUGGUCAGCAAAUCAGUUGCACAGGGCUUCAGCUUCAACAUCCUCUGUGUAGGGGAGACAGGGAUAGGCAAAUCCACCCUAAUGAACACGCUUUUCAAUACAUGGUUUGAAAGUGAAGAAGCCAGCCACUAUGAGAAAGAAGUGCUUUUACAACCACAAACAUAUGACCUGCAGGAGAGCAACGUCAACCUCAAACUGACCAUCGUGCACACUGUCGGCUUUGGCGACCAGAUCAACAAAGAGGAAAGCUAUAAACCCAUACUGGAGUACAUUGAUGCUCAGUUUGAAACAUACCUUGAAGAGGAGCUAAAAAUAAAACGUUCCCUGUGCAAUUUCCAUGACACGAGAAUCCACAUCUGUCUAUAUUUCAUCGCUCCCAACGGCCACUCCCUCAAGUCGCUGGAUCUCGUCACCAUGAAAAAGCUUGACAGCAAGGUGAACGUCAUCCCUGUCAUUGCAAAGGCAGACACUGUAUCCAGGAGCGAACUGGACAAGUUCAAGAUCAAGAUUAUGAGCGAGCUGGUCAGCAAUGGAGUGCAGAUAUACCAGUUUCCAACAGAGGAUGAGGCUGUGGCUGAGAUCAACUCCUCUAUGAAUACGCACCUACCUUUUGCUGUGGUUGGCAGUGUGGAAGAUGUCAAAGUAGGCAAUAAGACGGUCAAAGCUCGACUGUACCCUUGGGGAUCAGUACAAGUGGAAAAUGAGAACCAUUGUGAUUUUGUGAAGCUGAGGGAGAUGCUGCUGCGUGUGAACAUGGAAGAUCUCCGUGAGCAAACGCACACGCGCCACUAUGAACUCUACCGCCGCUGCAAGCUAGAGGAGAUGGGCUUCAAGGAUGCAGACCCUAACAGCCAGUCGUUCAGCCUGCAGGAGACGUACGAAGCCAAGAGGAAGGAGUUCCUGAGAGAUCUGCAACACAAGGAGGAAGAAAUGAGGCAGAUGUUCGUCAACAAAGUAAAGGAGACCGAAGCAGAGCUGAAAGAAAAGGAAAAAGAGCUCCACGAGAGAUUUGAGCAGCUCAAACGGCUGCACCAGGAAGAAAAGAGGAACCUGGAAGAAAAAAGACGGGAACUGGAGGAAGAAAUGAAUGCCUUUAACAGGAGGAGGGUUGCUGCAGAGACGCUGAUGGGCCAGGCUCUCCAAGGCGGCGCUCAGCCUCUCAAGAAGGACAAAGACAAGAAGAAUUGAUUAAUGGAAAAAUCAUCCAGGCGAACCAAGAAUGUGCCUGUCAUCAGCGUGGGUAAAAGAGACAGAUUUGGUGUGUGUGAGGCUGAAUAUGAACGUGACUGUGUGUACUUACCUAUGAUAACGCCAGCUCUGCUCACUGUAUUGAUGCUGACUCUGCUAUAGACACAGAAUAACUAAUCCAUGGACUGUUUUCAAUACUCUUUGCUUGUGGUAUUUUAUGUUCUUGCCAUGAAUGUGUGUUGAAAGACCUCAUCAUUGUGAACUAUAUGUUCACAUGCGAUAUUCAUAAACCUAAAAAAAACAGGCUUUUGGUAGAUUAUUUCUCUGUUGUUGGUAGAUUAUUUCUCUGUUUAUUUCCCUUUUUUUACCCCUCACAUUUCAGCCACAGUUACUGUAUAUCAUAUCGUCUCCAAAGGACAAUAAUGAAACUUUAAACUUAUAGUAGGCAAAGUACAACUCGAUAGGCAAGGCCACCUUCCUUCCGCUUGAGGAUGUGCCAUAGGUGCUAAAUUUGGUUCAGGUCUGGAGACAUACUUGGCCACUCCAUCACCUGCAUCUUCCUCAUAAAGGCACUUGUCAUCUUGGAGGUGUGCUUGGACCCGUUAUCAUGUUGGAAAACUGCCAUAUGGCCCAGUUUCCCAAGGAAGGGGAUCAUGGUCUGCUUGUUCCCUCAAUUAACCACAGCUCCCAAGUGCCGGCAGUACUCGUGCCGCAACGAACACUACCACCACCACGCUUGACUGUAGGGAAGAUGCAAUUAUCUUGCUACUCGCUUGUGUUACCAGCUAUUUAGACAAUAUUGGUUGUGUGUUGACUCAUUUUCAGUGACUCAUAAAUCCAUACUGCUAUAGAAGCUGUACACUGACUACUCUGAAGAAUAUUCAAGCUCCAUUUCUAUAGUAUUGUCCCUUGGAAAGAUAUACUGUAGUAAAAAUGCUUGCUGAAAUUAACAUGGCACAAGGAAAAGCGGCAUAGAAAAUGGAUGGAUGGACAACACACAUACUGUAGUCCUCAUUUCACAAAUGCGUCUUCAUAGAUAGGGCAUCCUUUAAUAGAAAAAUAAACAGGCAUUUAAAUAAAAGAACCUAUUGGCAGGAGCACUGUUAUGACGGAGAAAUCAUUUACCAAACACAGUAAUCUUUUGAGUGUGUAUGUAAAUACAAAAAAAUUGGAUUUUACAGCACUUAAAUUGCAAUGGAAUCACUUCUUGAUGCUUAAUGCUACUCUUGCAUUUUGGCUUCACUAACAGCUAACAAAUAACCUAUGUCCUGUACAACAUACCUCAAUGCUGCUCAAAUAAAUGAUGUUUUCUCUUUUCUU